GAGUACUUUCACUUUUGAUAUCGGAUUUACACGGAUCUCGAUCUCGAUCUAAUAAAGAAGCGGCAGACGAUCAUUCAGCUGGAGAUUGGGACAAAGAAAACAUCUGUAAAGCUUCUUCAGUAUAGUUGUUGAAAAUUUUGUAACUUUCCGAACGCAAGCGACCAUGUCUACAUUUUUACUGUUAAGCCAGUUAUCCCAAAGAUCAAAUCUUCUUGAUAAUUCGUCAUCCACGGAAGACGACCAAGAUAUAGAAAUUCGCCCCAUUCUGAAAUUGGAGCGAGAGAAAAGUGACGACAAAACAAACGAAGUGUUGGAGAAGAAAAAAGAAAACAAGAAAGUGAAGAAAUCUGAACAAGAGAAUGUCAGCCAGAGAAAGAAAACCAGUUCUUGUACAGCACAGAGACGCAUGGCAAUACCCAAGCGAAACAAAGGCACACAGACGAAAACAAAGACAGUAAUAGACGGAAACGCUGUAAACGAUCCUGUUAUUUCCGUAAGAAAUUCCAAAAUGAAUAUGCAAAAAUUUUGCAGUGUGAUGCAAAUAAAGAAAACAAGAGCUGGAAACUUGAAGUUCUUUACGGGCUGUGUCCCAAUUUUCUUAAUGUGUGGAUCAGAGGAAGUUUUGGUUUCAAAGAAUGAGAAUAACGCCUAUGCUUUUAUAUUAAUUAGCGAAAUUGGCAAUAUUAUGGCCAUACUUACAGAUUUUCUUCUUUCUGGACAUUACCUUAUAAACAGAUUCUUUCCUUCAGGACCAUUAACUUCAUGUACACGUGAGUUUGCAAAAGCGUUUCCCGAGAGUCGCUCAACAUUGCAAGUGGUGACACUGUCGCCAUAUUUAUCUUCAACGACAGACCCGAUGAAUGGUCACCAUUUUGUAAUGGUAGGUCACAUGAGAGACAACCCGGUUCAUCGCAAUCAUGAGGAAAAUACGGACCUCAAAAAAGUGAUUGAUGAGUUUGAGAUGUCAAACAAAUGUGAAGAUGAAGGAAGUUGUUUCGAUGCCUCGCUAGCGCGCAAUAGAUGCGAUCACUUGUAUUACUGCAUGAUUAUGUCAGUAAUUAGAAAGAUUAAACCACAGCUUCAGACAAGGAAAACAAAAUUUCAAAUGAGGAUACAAUUUGUCGACGAGUUAAAGAUGAAACAGAAGAAGAAAAAAUCUGGUGAACCGCAGAAAGAAGAGGAUGCUUUUGAAUGGGAAGGUAUUGACAAGGAGGAAUGUAAAGCCGGAAAAGCAGAAAAUAUGAAUGACCCUUUUAAAAAGGAAUAAUCGUAUUUGAAUACAUACUUACAUACUAUCGUAUUUUUAAUGAUAGUGAGCGGUGGUGGUGAGACAGUUGAAUUUCUCUAAAAGUUUUGCAAAUUACCAUUUAUAUGAAAAGAGAAUCGUUACCGUUAAGUGUCUGUUGCACAUUUGUUGAUUUGUUAAUUCUGGGAAUGUGAAAUUUCUAUAUUGUCAAGAAGUUAUCUUGGGUUGUGUGUAAUUUUGAUUAAGUUUAGUGUAAUUUGUAUUGUGAUCAACAGGAGUAUGUCUCUUGCAAUAUUACGAUUUGUAACAGUCUUGUAUACACGAACUGUCUGCUACACGUGUUCAACACCAUCCAAUGUUGUGAUUUAUCCUUCCUGUUAGUGCAUUACGAAAUAAAUGCUGUUACAUGUUUCCAUA